AUGACGCAGGGUUCCACAGAGCCCGCGCUUCCCGUCGCUGAAGGCGGCAAGUGCGAAGAGACCGUCCUCAGUUCGCCAGCAGAUGCGGCGCCAAAGUCAACGCCGUCAGACUCUCCCUCUUGCUCCGUAGUUCCUCCCGGCGCGGCCGCGCCGCCUUCCGACACUCCGGACAAGCAGGCGCCUUCGGAGAAGCAGGAAGCUCGCACAUCGACUCUCUCCGCGAAGCACGAGGAGGGCGCGGCGCGCGCGCAGCCCGAAGCCACCCCGGGGCCUGGCAAGAGCCAGGAAGAGGAGACGGGAGACGGCAGCGCGUCGCCGGCCUCUGCAGGCAAAAAGGAGGAAAAGUCCGGCGAAACAACCACCUCGACCGUCCGCGUCCACAGAUGGGCAGACGAAAGCGACGACCUCGACUCGCCGUCCUUCGACCCCAUGUCCAGUGCGGAAGUGGAGCCGCCAGAAUUCGACCUCGGCAUGUCCGGCUACCAGCCGCCGAGCGUCAGGAGCACAGGAAACGGCAUCGUGUCGCAUGCAGACGCAGGCGGCUACCGCCGAGGCGUGCCAGGCCAGAGCUCGUUCAGCGGCGGCUACGGAGGCCUCGUCGACUCCCGCUUUGGAGGUCUCGUGAACCCUCCCCAUGGACAUCCCCACGGGCCGCCGGCGUCAGUGGGCCUCGGCGACGGGGGCUUCAUGCAAGGCGGCGUGACAGGGCCUUUCACUGAGGUGUAUGUCGCCGAGCUCGACGCCCAUGUAACGGAAGAAGACGUGUCUUCCAUUUUCGCGCCGGGCUUGACCGUGCGAAAUGUACGCAUUGUACGCGAACAGGCCAACAGGGGCAACAAAGGCGGACCCAAUGCAACGUGCGGCGCGUAUGUGACGUUCCAUUCUCCGGAGGAUGCACAGCGAGCUCUGGCGUUCCACGGGAAGCUGUACCGUCCGCCUCGCGGCGCGGGUUUGUCGUCCUCUCAGGGCCUCCGCGGGUCCUCUCGCCAGGCGGGCUCUGGAGGCUCGGGCGUGUCGGCGCGCGUUCUGCGCAUCUCGGCGAUCUCGUCCCCGCCGCUGCUCUCGGGGGAAGGCGGCUCGCCGUAUCUGCUCUCCAGGGCGACUCGGAGCGGGUCUCUGGGGCACUUGCACUCCGCAGGGUCUCCCCACCUUCUGCCGCGAGGCGGCCGCGGCUUUGGGGGCGUCUACGGCCAGGCAGUCGCCGACCUCCACCAGCAAGCUGCCUCUCUGCCCUACCGAAGCAACGGCGCGGCUCCGGGCCCCGGCCCAGCGGGCCCUCAGGGCGGCCGCAAGGGUUUCCCUGGGGACGAAAGCGCGCGCGGCGACCGCGGCCGCGAGCCCGACGGCACGGGCAAGGCCGGGGGCGCGGGCUUCGGCGCGGGUCGACGGAAGAAGUCCAAGAGCCCCGACUUCUCUGAGUUGCGCAAAGAGACAGGAGCAGGAACAGCCCGGAGCCCCGGCGCCGGCGCCCCAGACCAGAAGGCACGAGGGAGAGACGAGCCCAGCGGCGCAGGCGCGGGCCCGCGCGCCGCCGCGGCGGGAGACAAGGAAGAGACCGCACCUCCUGAGCCUCCCAGAGAGAGGCCCAAACUUCUCUUGAAGCCCCGAUCCAAACCCCUGGAUGCGGCCGCCGAGCCGCCGAAACUGAACCCUGCUAUUUUUGGGGCGGCCAAGCCGAUCGACGACCCGGUGGCGAAGCGACAGCCAACGGGCUCUGGGGCUUCGCCGGCGUUUGGCGACUCUCUUGCUACUGCGUCGAGUGAACGUCGGGCCUCGGGUGCCGGACCGGUCUCACCUCGAGGCGAGACCGGCGCGGGCCUGGGGCCCGCCGACAUGUCCGUUCCCAGUCUCAAGAGAGGCGACGCGGCCAAGGGGCGAGGGGCGGCUGAGAAGCCCGCGGACAAAGAGACACGAGGCCCGCGGGGAGCGAGUGCGCGAGGGAGCGUACUUUUUGCGCGACGCGAGGAAACCCAGACGGGCACCACAGAGGACGGGAGACAGAAGGGAAGGGCUGGCGGGUCCCAGAAAGGCCCUGAGGGCGGGGAGCAGACUACGGCCGCGCAUACGCAUCCAGGGCCCGGGCGCGACAGGGGAGAAAAGGAGCGAGACGAGUGGAGCGGAUUAUAUUCGGGGGCGUGGAGACACUCGGCAGAGAGACACGCGGAGAAAGACGCAGGCGAGGACCCGAGCGCGGGCGCGAAGGGCCACCAGGCCCUGCAGGAGGACGAACAUGGCCGGAGAACUUCAGGCAUCGCUAAGGGCGAAGCACGCACGGAAACAGAACGAAAGCCCUCUCGGACGGGCGACCCGUUCGGCGGCGCGAGACCAAGAGACGAGUUCGAGUGGCAGCGCAAGAAGGAGGCUGCAGGGACGCCAUCGGUGCUUCCUGAGGACCCUGUGCGUGUUUCGCCCCUCCAGCAUCCGCCGCUGUCGCCGUAUCUGCCCCACGGAGCCCACUCGGGGCGACCCGCAACUGGCUUUCUCCCGCCUUCCUACGCCUCAUACGGGUCCCAGUCUGAGAUAGGUUCGCACACAGGGGCCUUGGGGCCCCGCGGGUCUGAUGAGAGCGCACGGACGCCGCCUUCUGGGACGCCAGAUGGAGGCAACAGCAGUCGGGGCAUUUUGGGCCCGUCGCCGUCGGCGCGAAGCGGCAGUGGAGCCGCGACGGCGGUCGGAGUGUUGAGCGGGAGCGGGGCGUCCCCCUCCGGGGCCCCAGCGAAGGGCUCGAACUCGAUGGGGCGAGGUCCCGGGUCGCUGGCUCCCAUACCCGUGGGCCCCGGCGGGCCUCCGGGCUCGCCCCUGAAGGGCGUCGCCCAGACGCCGCCCCGCAGCGGAGUCGCCUCGUCUCUUCAGCCGUCCCCAAACGCAUCGCCCUCGAUGGGCCCGGGCAUAUGGGGCCGCAGUGUCCAAGGCAGUCCGCCGAUGCAAAAGGGGGACGGGGCGCCUCGCGGCGGCUCCGGAGGCCGGCCGGCGUCGCCUGCAGGCGCGCAGAAGGAGCCGCUCUGGCGGAGCAGUGUCUCCGCCGGGCCUCGGGGCGCCGGGGCGGGCCCGCACGAUUCGCCGAGCCUCUUGCCCGGCGGCGGUAGGGGCGUCUGCCGCCCCACCGUAAACAACCAGGCCGGCGAGGGCCUGCUCCCCGUGGGGCGCGGCGCCGACGGGAAGGAGCAAGACCGAACCGCGUUGUCUGGGGAUGGCGUGCUGGCGGCGCCCAUGCCCCGCGGAGAGAGUGAGGAGGGCCGCGGUGCGCCGGGGCCUGCUGGCCCCACCCCGGGUUCCUACGACGGUGUCGCUAGUUGGGCGCGAAAGCCCCAGAACCCCAUCCACGUCCGAGCCGUCCAGACGGUCGUGCUCGCUGGCGGCGGCGAACAAACCAGCAUGCUGCCUCUGCUCAGUGCCGAGGGCCCGCAGGAUCGUGGAGCCCGAGAGACAGGCCGGGGCGAGGCCCGAGAGACAGGUCCUCAGGCCGACAGGCCCUCGGGCAUCCGCAGCCUGGCUGAGCAGCUGCUGCCCUCACAGGCGACAGACGUCAAGGGGAAGGCUGCAGACGAAAAGGAAGAAGAAAAAAAGAAGGAAAACAAGAUCCCAGACAUUUUAAGCAAACCUGAACAGAAACAGGGACAGACGGUCUGGGAGGCGCGCAACGAAGUCCUCGGACUCGCCAAGCGGGACGCGGGUGCCACCGAGGAGACAGUCGAAGUCGGAGACUCUCUGGAGGGACGCGAAGAGACAGGGCGCACCUCACAGGCUCCGAAGAGCGCGCCGAGAGAAGGAAGCAACGAGGAAACCCCAGGGACCUCUGGAGCUGCGUCCGACAGUCAAGGCGAGGAGGAGGGACGCGAGGGCGAUCGGGGCAAGGGCAGAAGGAGCGUGCAGCCGCAUGACCGCGAAGUGCGGGGACAGGCGCAGAGCGCGUACGAGAGAGGGGGGCGGUCGAGCGGGUAUGGCCGCGUCAAGGGGGAAGAGACGCCGCACAGCUUUCAGGUUGCCAGGGGGUAUGACGGAGGCCCUGAGAAGAGAGACGAAGAAGGACGACGAACCGCGGGGCAUCGAGACGCCAGAGGCGGACGCGGCGGCCGCUUUCGCGGCGGGGAAAGAACCCGCUGGCGGCGCUACCCUGGGGACGGAGGAGACGCGACGCCGUCUGAGAGAACGGGCGACGACCAAGGAACGAACGCCACGGGGGAUCAACGCUUCCAACAUGCAGAGACGCCUGAGACACCGAACGGCGAUGACGCGGAACAGAACUGUCAAGGCGCGAAAGCCAGUUCUCAGUGCGAGGGUGAGGGUGAGAAGGGGAGACGCCGCGGGGAGGCUCAGGCGUCGUCCCCUGUUCACGACUUUCCUCAAGCAGAGAAGUCCUUCCGGCGCCGGGGCGGGGACAGAGGCCGAAGCAUGUGGCGGGGCGUCGACGGCAGACCCGACGGCGCCGGCAGGGGACGAGGAGGCCGAAAACUUCGAGGAGACGGCAUAGGAAUCUCCAACGGCCACCAGCCAGGCCGACACACACCUGGGCACCGCCGCGAGCAGCCUGGCGCUGCUGAGGAGGAGAGAGAACAAGACUCUCAGGCGCCGACUCCUCGAGUGCCGGCCCGUGCGAUGUUGCCGCAAGCAGCUACCGGGUCGACGGGUGUGAAGACGAACAAUCGUUUUUCAGCUUUCGCGGCCGAUUCGGACGAAGGCGAGUCUUCCGAUUAGACACCUUUCUCACUUUAUUGCGGAUUUUCCAUUGUUUCGUUUGCUUUUUUCGGAGAAAGGCGCUGUCGCUGCAGAGUUCGAACGGCGACUCUGUCGAGACACUGCGUGUUUGGGAACCGCGCUUCGGGCGGGCAAAGUUUCUUCUCCGCCCGCGUUCUUCGCGUGUCCGUAUGUGCAUUUAUGUGCAUUUUGCCCGGGUCUGAGGCAGGCUUUUGCUUGGAGUCUUUGUUUCCUUGUUCGCGUUUCGGUGACACUUCAUAUGCCUUGGGGUUCAACUUGUCUUUCGACCGUUCGUUCGGUCGU